UUCUAUCUUUGGAUUCAGUUUAUCGUAACAACUCGAAAACCGUUUCGCUGGUCAUGACGCUUUCAAAAUUUGGAAUGAAGUUCGUGGUUUCAUCGCCGCGCUUUGAAGCGCUCCGGUUUAGGAAAAUAAAAAAAUCUGAAAAUCGGGGAACACAAUAGGAACGGUGGAUUACGGACCAGUUUAUUCAAGAUGGUGCUUGAAAGUACGAUGAUAUGUGUCGACAACAGCGACUACAUGAGAAAUGGCGACUUUCUUCCAACCCGUUUACAGGCCCAACAGGAUGCUGUCAAUCUAGUUUGCCAUUCCAAAACGCGGUCGAAUCCUGAAAACAACGUAGGACUCAUAACACUGGCCAACGUUGAAGUGUUGGCUACAUUGACGAGUGAUGUUGGGCGCAUUCUGUCAAAACUUCAUCAAGUGCAGCCAAAUGGAAACCUGAGUUUGAUUACAGGAAUCAGAAUUGCUCAUCUUGCCCUAAAACAUCGCCAGGGAAAGAAUCACAAGAUGCGUAUCGUAGCGUUUGUUGGAAGUCCUAUUCAGCUCGAUGAGAAGGAGUUGGUAAAACUGGCAAAGCGUUUAAAGAAGGAGAAAGUAAACGUAGACAUAAUUAGCUUUGGCGAAGAAACCAUCAACAACGAAGUGCUAACUUCUUUCAUAAACGCUUUGAAUGGCAAAGACGGCACUGGGAGUCAUCUUGUCACCGUUCCACCUGGUCCCCACCUAUCAGAUGCUCUUAUAUCCUCUCCUAUUAUUCAAGGGGAGGAUGGAAUGGGCGCUGCAGGAAUGGGCGGCGCCGCUUUUGAGUUCGGCGUUGAUCCCAAUGAGGAUCCAGAGCUUGCGCUGGCGCUUCGUGUCUCAAUGGAAGAGCAGCGACAGAGACAAGAAGACGAAGCCAGGCGAGCUCAGGCGACUGAUGCUCCAGCGAAGCAACCGGAGACAAUAAAAGAGGCUCCGAAUGAAGAAGCUAUGCUAAAACGGGCCCUGGCCAUGUCUCUCGAAGGUGCAGAGGACUCAGGGCCAACCACAGAUGCUGUUGUUACUACUGCAGGAAAUGUUCCGGACUUUGCCCAUAUGAGUGAAGAAGAGCAAAUCGCAUUUGCCAUGCAGAUGUCGAUGCAGGACCAACAGGAGCCUGAAGCUGGAAAAGACGAAGCGAUGGAUGUGGAAGAGGAUUAUGCCGCAGUAAUGUCUGAUCCUGCGUUCCUUCAAUCUGUACUCGAAAAUCUCCCAGGUGUCGAUCCCCAGUCUGAAGCUGUACGUCAAGCGGUUGGCUCUCUGCAGCAAAACAAGGACAAACAAGAAAAGGAGAAGAAAUGAAUGAACUGCUUAGAUGAAAUUAUAAAUAAUAAUAAUAUUUACUCUAAAUUCAUUUAAGAUUAUUUGAUACUCGUGAGAGCUGCUGCACUGUGUAACAAGUUCAUGGAUGAAGAAAAGCAAAAAAAAAAAAAGCUUCGAUGAUUAUUAAAUACAUUAUCGAUUUAUGAAAAAAGAA